CCUGGGCAUCUUCUCACAACACUAUGCUCCCCACUACACCCCCCACUUGCAUCUCAAUGUCUGCUGUGUUGCUGCAGCUGUUCGUCAUGAUUCGAGGUGAUCGUCCAUCCGGAGUGAUUUGUCCCCGACAUCCUCCCCAUGCCGCCGACUAUUAAAGCUAGACGACAGACCGCGAGUAAUGUCACGAUAGUCACGAUUCCCCGCCGCAAAGACCACUUUCCACCCCGCCAUGAUGCGUCAGAUUCUUGCGUUUGGCGUCUGGACGACAUGCCUCACUUUGGCCGCUGCCACCCUGCGAACAGACCAAAAUGGCAGCACAAUCACCCUGGCAAAUGACCGCCUGACCGCGGUCUUCGCCACCAACAUAGGCAGAAUCGUGGAUCUCUUCCUCGACAACCAGGACUUGCUAGGUCCGCAAUCCGGCGAUAUAGGCACCGGUCCCUAUCUCGAUUGCUACUGCAUUCCGUCCGGAUCUUACACCACCGGCUCCACCAGCCCCACCAUGGAGGUAGUCAAGGGCACAGAUGCCACGGGGACGCACUACGCCGGCGUGGUCAUGAACGAGACGUAUCCUCCGACGGGGCAACAGUUCCAGCAGUACUGGUUUCUACGCGACGGUGAAACAGGUUUGCACACCUUCAGCCGGCUCGCCUACUACAAUGAAACCACUCCGUUCUUGCGCAACUUGCAGGAAUUCCGGACCCUUUUCCGGCCGAAUACCGAUCUGUGGACGCACUUGACUUCGAGCGAGAUUCAGACCGCCCCACUGCCGAGCAAAGAGGCUAUUAGCCAGGAGAUUGUCGUUCAGGAUGCAACGUGGACUUUUAACAAUACUCCUGAUGAUGCGUACUAUACGCAGUUCUCGAAAUACUUCACCAAGUACACUUUCUCAAAUGACUGGCGUGACAACUCGGUGCACGGUAUCUAUGCCGAUGGAACUACUUCAAAUGGCACGACCUACGGGGCGUGGCUGGUGAUGAACACCAAGGACACUUACUACGGUGGACCAUUGCACUCCGAUCUUACCGUUGAUGGGAUUGUGUACAAUUAUCUAGUGUCCAACCACCAUGGAGAAGGUACCCCAAACAUCACCUACGGCUUUGAUCGCACAUUCGGUCCGCAAUACUACCAUUUCAACGGUGGAAAGGAAUCCAAAUUCACCUUGGAGGAACUCAGGACGGACGCGGAAUUCUACGCGGAUCCUAGCUGGAAUGUCGAGUUUUACGACUCAAUUGCCAAGCACGUUGUCGGCUAUGCACCUUCAAGUGUCCGAGGCCAGGUGCAGGGACGUAUUGAGCUACCAAAAGUGGCAAGCCGACCGAUUGCUGUCCUGACGGUCGAUGGACAGUACUUUCAAGACAACUCUGUCGACUCUUCUUCAUAUCAAUACUGGGCUGAAAUCGACAAGAGCGGCAAUUUCAACAUCGACCACGUCAAGGAAGGCAAGUACCGGCUGACGGUGUACGCGGACGGUGUCUUUGGCAACUAUGAGCGUGACGGUGUGCAUGUGCAGGCGGGUACAAUUACCAAGGUCCAGGAAACAUGGGUCGAGGAAUCCGCGGGGGACGAGGUCUGGCGACUGGGCACCCCCGACAAGUCUUCCGGAGAGUUCCGCCACGGUGUUGUUCGAGACGAAACACACCCGUUGCACCCUCCGCAGUACCUGAUUUAUUGGGCCGCAUAUGACUGGCAGCAGGACUUUCCCAGCGGCGUCAACUAUACCAUUGGGAGCAGCGACCCUGCCACGGACUUCAACACGGUGCAUUGGUCAGUUUUCGGGCCGACCCCCAGCAACCCUGAUGUCGAGUACAACACGACUCACGACUGGACGAUCAACUUCAAUCUGAGCCAGAAGCAGCUGCAGAAGCGGAAGAACGCGACGUUGACGAUCCAGCUCGCGGGCGCAAAGACUGCGGCCGGAAACACUGACGUAUGGAACCCGGCCGAGGAGUACAACAACCUCUCGUUGGAGAGCUAUAUCAACGAUCAGGAGGAGCCUUUGAGCAUGGUGAUCGGAUUCAAUCAGUCUAGUAGCUGUAUUGUACGGUCGGCUGUCAGUUGCUAUCAGGUUCGUUCCCGGAUGGAAUUUUUGGCUGACUGGUUGGUGGUUGGAAACAACGUGUUGACUCUGCACUUGCCGUACAACGCCACGGACACCGAGACAGCGGUUCUGCCCGGGACGGUAUAUGUGCAGUAUGAUGCGUUGAGAUUGGAGGUUGCGUAAGGAGAUCAGCCGAUCGGUGACUUCAAUUACACAGUAGCUUGCAAGUUUCGUCCUACUCCACAUUAGAACCUAGAAUCAAGACAGCUGCUCAAUUUUGGUCUUGGACUGCAG